AGAGAUUCUCAAGAAGCGCUGUGUUUCACUUUUGAGUGCUCGGAGAGUACAUGAUGCGCUUGGGAGGUUUCUUUGGACACCUAUACGCAUAACGGAUAUCGCUCACUCUGUGGAAAGCAAAGAAACUCACUCGGUGGAAGGCAAAGAAAUAUCACCAUGAAGAAGUCCCUUCUCUCCAAGCACGACUCAAUCCGCUGGCUACAGACGCUCGUCGCGUUGGUCAUGACCAUCGGCGUCUUUUCCGUCAUGUGGGAAGUUAUCGCUCUGCACACACAACGAUCUUCGUUUCUCGCGGCCUUCGACGAGCUGGAAACUCAUGUAUCUUCAGAUGACCUGCUGCAUCUCCACUACCUCCAAACCGGGUGCAGAUUAGAGAAUGACACCGUGUUCCCGUGGGUAUAUGCUGCUCCAGGUAACAGUGCCGAUCUCCCAGUUCCUCAAGCCCAAACCAGCACGUCGCUACUGCAUCGAGGUGACCCACGACUGGUUGCCUCACUACGCCAAUGCCCGGACGUGGAUAUCUACCUUCCAUCAUCCGCUCGAGGACCUGCUGGCUGUGCUGCUGUCGCUGGGUCACUCAAGUUCUUGCAGUCACGGCUGCUACCUGAUUGGAUUUUCGACGUUGAACUCUACGACAUCACCUCGCGACACAAAACCAGCUACUUCGAGUUAUGCCCAGACACGCCUAUGCUGUUCCUAGCUCCUGAACAUGUUCUGUCACUUACGAAACAUCCGUCGUGGCCAUCAACUAAACCGGUUUAUCUCAUGGCACCAGGUCUAGAUCUAAAAUCUACAUCGAGAGCUCCAGAGCAGUUCGCACAGUCAGUUCUAGAACGCACCGACGUCGUAUUAUGUCGUACUAAACGCUGCGAUCAAGACGUGAAGGCGUUUCUAGAACCCCAAGAUUCCAUGGACAAGAAAAUCAGAGUUAUCUACACUGGCCAAGUGACUACCGACCCGUCCAACCUUGUGCGAAGAGUACUUGGCGACGGAGCGGCGCGAGAGAAGAACAUGACGGACUUUGCCAGUCCUCGCUUCGCUCAUACAACAUGGGAUAUCUCGUCGAAGCCUACGCAAGAUGUGAUGAACUGCUGGAGUUCUCACGCCAAAGAGCUCCCACCUCUGGAUGUGUACUUGCUAAAAGAGUAUCAAGAUGACAAGCCGACCGAUGGCGAGAGGUUAUACAAGCCGUUCCCCAGUACUAACAGCACCAAGAUCCAAAUUCUAGAUCCGGUCAAAUUCGCAAGGGCGUUCGGUAACAGCAGCUUCUUCGUCUGCCCAACUGCAGCCGACGAUUGCCUCGACCUCGCACGAGCUUCCGGUGGCGUAAUAGUGACAGCGGGUGCGUAUCCGAUGAACGAACUGGUCUCGGCUUCAGAAGGCAUUUUCUUUCCUACUGAACAAACCGAGAGUCGCUCAGACGACUCACUGCUGCUACCACCUGCACCGGUUAACUACCGAAGCUCAGAUCUCUGUGACGCAGUACUAAAGGCACGUCCAUCGACGUCAAUGAAUGACCGCGUGGCUCUAGGAACCCGGGCACGACACCACUUCAACGAAGACGCCAAGUUCUUUAGGCUGCGUAUGCUUGAGCUACGGGCGUUUGCACGUCGUGAACAGCAGGAUCCGAACCUACGUCGUCCCACCUAAAGCGCUAGAGUUCCUAACCAGUACUCGCACGAAGUCAGUACAAUUCACACAAAUACUUGCAUCUGUACCAACUCC